AUGGCUAUUUUUUAUGCCCCCGCCCCUUCCCUGGGUCGGGGAGUCCCUCUGGAGGACAUCAAAUGCAAGAAACAUCCCAGAAUUCCCCUGGACCAGUUUUGUACCCCGUGUGGUGUUCCCUUGUGUGUGGAGUGUACCAGAUCUGAGGAUCACAGCAGACAUGACCUUAGAAAUAUGAAGGAAUUGUUUGACAACAUUCACAAGAUAGAAGAUGGAGAUACACUAUUGAUGUGUCUUCUUCUGUCCAAUUCCUACAAAAUAAACAUGAAAGAAGGAAACUGGAUGACCAAAUAUAAUGCUGUUGCCAAAUGUCUUAACUCAAAGGAAAUCAAAAAGCCAUUUGUCUAUACACAUUUAGAAAAUUACAAACCAAUUCUGAAACUCAAUGAAUCAGAGAUCAGUUUUUCCUCUGAGGUCUUCAAAAACAUUAGUUUCCUUAAAUUUUCUAAGAGUUUUGAGUUUAACUUUACCGAUAUUUUCUUAAGUUGGGCAAAAAAAGAAAACAUUGCUGAGUACUGUAGAUCCUGGAAUUAUCGGAGAGGAGAGGAUGAAGUUUGCUGUUGGUUACUGCCAGAAAAAAAUGAGGAGUUUUUAGAAAGACUUGGAGAAGAUGUUUUCACACACCCAACCAUGGAAGACCAGUCAUUCCAUGAAGACGUAUUUAGGAAACUUGGAAUACCAAUGCAGAUCAUCAUAAGGGGAGACAAAUCUGUGAAGAACUUCAUUGAGAAUUUAAAGAAAGGGAAGACAACCAUGUACCACGCCUCUGGGAUGAUAAUAGGGUGUGCUGGUAGUGGGAAAACAACAUUGUUAGAGAGACUAAAGGGCAUUGACUUGGAGAAAAUAAAGAAAAAUAUCAGGUCAACUAGAGGAGUUGAUAUCCACACAGAUGUGUUUGAUGUGAAAGAAAGCAUCCAAGCAAAUUCUUCAAGCCAACAACAACGCUUCAAACUUCAACUUGAUAAAAAAGAUCUGCACCAGAGUCUUCCUAAAUCUCAUUCAAAAAAUGCAGCUGAUGUUGGAGAAACGCAGGAAAAGAUGGAACCAGAAGAUGAUGAGGCCAGUAUGACUGAAGCAUCAAACAGUGGACAGAUAUCACAUGAUGAUACCAUCAUUAAAACAACCUCAUCCCAUGAACCACAGGGGGCCACAUCACCAGAAAAUGUAGCAGAAGUUAUGAAUGAAAGAAAAGAUUUUCGUCAUGUUCCAGAAAUUUUUGGAAAUUUACAGAUAGGUGCAGUAAAUAUUUCAGAAGAUCCAGAUAAAAAAAUAACUAUGACUGACUUUGCAGGACAGUGUUCAUAUUAUGCCUCACACCAGAUUUUUUUGAGUCCCCGGGCGUUCUUCAUUCUGGUGCUGAAUAUGGAGAAGAAGUUUGAUGAUAAGGUUGGAGAAGAAGUGUGUUGUCAGGAAGGCUCCGUUUACGGGGGAUGGACAAAUAGAGAUUAUCUAGAAUUCUGGAUGAAGUCCAUUCAUCAAUAUGGCAGUGAUAAGGCUCCUGUCAUCCUGGUUGGUACACAUUGUGAGAACAAAAAAGAAAAGGAAAAAGAAUCGUUUUUCCGAGAAGUUUGGAAGACUCUUGACAUGAAGAAGAAGUCUCUGCAAAGACAUAUUGAUGUGAAACGUCGAUUUGCGGUUGGAUUCCAUGACAAUGAAAGCAUUGAAAAACUUAAGCUGUCCAUUGCUGAUGUUGUGUGCAAGCUUGAUCACUGGGGUGAAGAGCUUCCACAGUCAUGGGCUAUGUUUGAAACAUUCUUUCAGGAAAAGAAAAUUCGCAAGAUUUUGAGUAGGGUCGAACUUCAGUCUUUCAAUGAAACAUUGCCAGAGGGAAUAAAGCUCUGUACUAUUGAAGAUAUGGAUGCCAUGCUGCAGUUCUUCCAUGACAUCAGAGAACUUAUACACUUCAAUCAACAAUUCCUCAAUGAAGCUAUUAUUUUCGAUGUUCAAUGGUUUGCAGAUGCAUUUAAAAAUGUCAUUACAGAUAAAAACCAUGCAAAAGAAGAUUUAUUUGAAUUUGCAUCAGAAUGGGACAAAUUCGAUGAAACUGGAGAGAUAGAUGAAGCACUGCUAUCUGCUAUAUGGAGAAUGAACAACAAUGGUUACCUUGAACACAAAGAGGAUAUCCUGAUGUACAUGGAGAAGUUAGGACUCUUAGCUAAAAUGAGCGACAAAAUUUGGUAUGUCCCCUGUAUGAACAAGAUGCAAUUUCCAGUAGAAUGUUUUUCAUCUUACCCUGCCUCCUCCAUCCUUUGCUACACGUUUGAUGUUCUUCCUGUAGAGAUUUUCCAUCGCCUUGUAGCAACUUGCAUGCAGAUUCCCUGGGAGAUUUUUUCAGAUGAAGAAAGAUUAUGCAUUUACCAGACUGCAGCUAUUUUUGUGUUUCAUGACCAGCACCAUAACAUCAUGCUUGGAAUGACUCGAACAGAAAUUCAGUUGCAAGUGUUUGUUGUGGAGGGAGAAGUUGAUGUUUUAACCUGUCACCAGAUUAGAGAAAACGUUGAGUGUAUAUUAGAUAACCUUUCCAAAACAUUCCAGAAAAACUCGAAAUAUCAGGUUGGGUUCAAAUGCAAGCCUUCUGGGUUUUGUGACAGGAAAGAAAGUGCUGUCAUAAAGCAAUCAAUGUUAACAAGAGCAAGUUUUCAAUGUCCUUCCUGUCCAGCAAACAAGAAGCAUCCUAUCAACACAAAAUAUAUCAUGAAAUAUUGGAAACAGGAUAGCCUGUCUGAGAGUGGAACCAGUGAAGACACUGAAACAGGUCCCUCUGUAGAACUGGUUCUUAAUGCAGUUACACGAAAAAUCCGAGGCAUAGGAAUCAGUCUUUUAGAGGGUCUAUUUGAAGUCAGUAUUGAUGUCUCUCCUACACUCAGUUUUGAGGAGAAAGUAUUUAGAAUCUUAUACCAAUGGAAAUCAAAAAAUGCACACCUUGAUCAUUUGAGAGAAUUAGAAAGCAUUUUACAGAGAGAAGGCCAAGGACAAGCUGCGGAAUACCUUAGAACAUUUGAUAUUACAGACUUUACCUGUAUUGGCGUGAUUAGCCCUGAUCAGAAUGUUUCAACAACGGAAUUCAAAACAUUGUCCGAAUAUCUUUCAAAAGACUACACUCAUUUCGUCCGCUUUUUGGGGCUUGCUCAAAGAUAUAUCGAACAAAUGGAAGCAGAUGGUUUGAAGAUACAGGAUAAAAUAUAUAAAUCACUUACAAAAAUACAGGAGGAAUGUCGUUACAUGCUUAGCCGACAGAAGAUUUGCAAUGCAUUGACAUUUAUAGACAGAAAUGAUGUGAUCAGUGAACUGGGAUGGACAUCACGCAAACGAAAACGGGAUGACUGAUCGAGAAAGCAAAAGUGUAUUUUGGUUUCUUUAAGCUGUGUACAUGUAUGUUACUGUCUUAUUAUUGAAAACUGAAUUGUCAAGAAUAUUUUAAUGAAUGACCUUGUAUAUUGACA